UUGUAUUUUUUAAAAUUUUGUCUUUGAAGAACAUUCAGGAGACAAAGGGGGCUGGGAGCCUUCCCGCUUAUGGUUUUUAUGUGGGUGUUCUGUCCCAUCACUUAAUACAACGGCACGCUUAUCACAUUUUAAACCUUCCCCACAAAGACAGUUUCAGGGGCCUGGGAAGGGGUCGUGCUCCUGGACGUGCGUGUUCCCGCUUGCCAUUUACCACAUCUCAUGUGUUCUGUGUGAACAGGUGGAAAAUGAGCAUCACAGACGUCCUUAGUGCCGACGACAUUGCCGCAGCCCUGCAGGAGUGCCAAGACCCAGAUACUUUUGAACCCCAAAAAUUCUUCCAGACAUCGGGCCUCUCCAAGAUGUCGGCCAGUCAGGUGAAGGAUGUUUUUCGGUUCAUAGACAAUGAUCAGAGUGGGUAUCUGGAUGAAGAAGAGCUUAAGUUUUUCCUCCAGAAGUUUGAGAGCAGUGCUAGAGAGCUGACAGAGUCAGAAACCAAGUCCUUGAUGGCGGCUGCAGAUAAUGACGGUGACGGGAAAAUCGGGGCUGACGAAUUCCAGGAAAUGGUGCAUUCUUAAAAGCCGCAGGCUGUGGAGAUAGAGACAAUCAGCCAGAAGGCCUCCAAAGCCCCUAGAAAUGGGAAACCCACUACCUGCCCCUAAUUUAUGUAUUCAUUCCCCCGGAUGUGCUUCUUCAAUUUGCCCCCUGUUUUAGCGAGGUAACAAGGCAGUCACUCGUGAAUUUUCGGUGGUCAGUACGCCCUGAUGACUCCUGUAAGGCCCUUGGCAGACGAUGCCUUUAAAAUUCACCCAAUAAAGAUACGUUUCUCAUCA